AUUGUUCUUAGUUCUCAGCAUCGAGGAGGUAUCGAUUUCUUGAAUGAAAAUAGCUACAUACGCGUAUAGGUUAGCGAUUCUUCAACUCAGCAAAUUACUUCAAAUGUAUUAAUGAAAUAUGGUGUUAAGUUAACAUAAAUAAGCGAAAUAAUAUGAUAAUUGUGCUCUGUGUAUAUUGAUCCUCCAAUCAGUGUUAUAAUAGCGAUAAGAAUGGCAGAAGAAGGAAAGAAGAUUUCUUUCGGAUUUGCGAAAUCGAUUAAGAAGCCUGUAUUAAAAAAACCUGUGCCGCAAGAGGAAAAGAAAGUAGAUUAUAUUGAAUGCCUAGAUGAAAAGAGUAUUAAAGUGAUAGGAAUUGUAUCAGCUGUUGUACCAGAAUUACGACCAAAAGGUAUGGGACUUGGAGCAGACAAAGUAACACUACAGAAGAAUACAAAUUCCAAGAAACAAGAGGAAGAACUCAAAAUUGAAAAGGGCACGUUCGUGAAAAUCAUAGCUGGAAAGCAAUCCAAUAAUUACGGUCAAAUAGAAGGAUUCGAUGAUGAUGCAGGGAGACUUAUAAUAAAACUUGCCCUUGGCGGAAAUAUAAUAUCGGUGAAUGAGUUCAUGGUACAACCCGUGACUAAAUCAGAAUAUUCAAAAAAUUCCAAAGUUCUAAAUGUGAAGAAGUAUGAAGAAUAUAGGGAUAAACAAUCUAAGGAACAGAAACAAAACCCAGAGAGGAAGAGAAAGUCAUCUGAACAUUCGGGUGACUCUGAUCAAGAUGAUCACAAGAAUAGUGUAGAUGAAAAUAAGAAAAGGAAUACGUCACACAGUAGAGAAACAAAAAUACGAAAAGUGCAGACAGAUUCUGACAACGAUAGUGAUGAUGAUCACACAAAAAUACGAAAAAGAACGAGCAGUUCUGGUAGUAGCGGUACUUACAAAUCAAAGAAAUCAAAAAAAUCUAAGAAGCAUAAGAGGCAGCAUUCGCCUGAAAAGUCAAGUAAGAAACGCAAGAAAAAGGAUAAAGAAAAAGAAAAGAUUAAAGAUAGAAAAUCAAGAGAUUAUACAGAUAGACGGAAACACAAGAAACAUGGAAGAUCGAGAUCAAGAUCUUCCACUAGGCGAUAAAUUUUACUUUCGUGACAAAUUGUACAAAUUUUGUUUCUAUACGUUUUGUAAUAAAAGAUAUUUUUUACACAA